AGAUACUAAUUUUGUCCUGGGUAAUGCCCAGAUCGUGGACUGGCCCAUUGUCUACAGCAAUGAUGGAUUUUGCAAGUUAUCAGGAUAUCACAGAGCAGAAGUUAUGCAAAAAAGCAGCACCUGCAGUUUUAUGUAUGGAGAGCUGACAGACAAAGAUACAAUCGACAAAGUCCGGCAAACAUUUGAGAACUAUGAGAUGAACUCCUUUGAAAUCCUGAUGUACAAGAAGAACAGAACACCUGUCUGGUUCUUUGUGAAAAUUGCUCCAAUUCGAAAUGAGCAGGAUAAAGUGGUUUUAUUUCUUUGCACUUUCAAUGACAUAACGGCUUUCAAGCAGCCCAUUGAGGAUGAUUCAUGUAAAGGUUGGGGGAAGUUUGCCCGCUUGACGCGUGCCCUCACGAGCAGCCGAGGGGUGCUGCAGCAGCUUGCUCCCAGCGUGCAGAAAGGAGAGAACGUUCACAAGCACUCAAGACUUGCUGAGGUAUUGCAGCUGGGUUCUGAAAUCCUCCCACAGUACAAACAAGAGGCACCAAAGACUCCACCGCAUAUAAUUUUGCAUUAUUGUGUAUUCAAGACUACCUGGGACUGGAUCAUCCUGAUUUUAACCUUCUACACUGCUAUUUUGGUCCCUUACAAUGUGUCCUUUAAAACCAAGCAGAACAACGUGGCGUGGCUAGUAGUGGACAGCAUUGUAGAUGUCAUUUUUCUGGUUGACAUUGUGCUCAAUUUCCACACCACCUUUGUGGGGCCGGCAGGGGAGGUGAUCUCUGACCCCAAGCUGAUCCGCAUGAAUUACCUGAAGACCUGGUUUGUGAUUGACCUGCUCUCCUGCCUGCCUUAUGAUGUCAUCAAUGCAUUUGAGAAUGUUGAUGAGGGCAUCAGCAGCCUGUUCAGCUCCCUCAAGGUGGUCAGGCUGCUGCGGCUGGGCCGCGUGGCGCGCAAGCUGGACCACUACAUCGAGUACGGGGCGGCGGUGCUGGUGCUGCUGGUGUGCGUGUUCGGGCUGGCCGCGCACUGGCUGGCCUGCAUCUGGUACAGCAUCGGCGACUACGAGGUCAUUGACGAGGACACCAACACCAUCCGCACCGAGAGCUGGCUCUACCAGCUGGGGGAGUCCAUCGGCACCCCCUACCGCUUCAACGCCUCCGGCUUUGGCAAGUGGGAGGGCGGGCCCAGCAAGGACUCCGUCUACAUCUCCUCGCUCUACUUCACCAUGACCAGCCUGACCAGCGUGGGAUUCGGGAACAUCGCUCCCACCACGGAUGGGGAGAAGAUCUUUGCCGUGGCUAUGAUGAUGAUUGGCUCCCUUCUGUAUGCCACCAUUUUUGGUAACGUGACAACCAUAUUCCAGCAGAUGUACGCUAACACAAACAGAUACCAUGAAAUGCUGAACAGUGUCCGGGACUUUUUGAAGCUCUACCAGGUCCCCAAAGGACUGAGUGAACGUGUGAUGGAUUACAUCGUUUCCACCUGGUCAAUGUCCAGGGGAAUAGAUACUGAAAAGGUUUUGCAGAUCUGCCCUAAGGACAUGAGAGCAGAUAUCUGCGUUCACCUGAACCGCAAGGUUUUCAAGGAGCACCCCGCCUUCAGGCUGGCCAGCGAUGGGUGCCUGCGGGCGCUGGCCAUGGAAUUCCAGACGGUGCACUGUGCUCCGGGAGACCUCAUCUACCACGCCGGGGAGAGCGUCGACAGCCUCUGCUUCGUGGUCUCGGGCUCCUUGGAAGUGAUCCAGGAUGAUGAAGUCGUUGCUAUAUUAGGCAAAGGAGACGUUUUUGGUGAUGUGUUCUGGAAGGAAUCGACUCUUGCCCAGUCCUGUGCUAAUGUGAGGGCUUUGACUUACUGUGAUCUGCAUGUGAUUAAAAGGGAUGCCUUGCAGAAAGUGCUGGAGUUCUACACUGCCUUUUCACACUCCUUCUCCAGAAAUCUCAUUUUGACCUACAACUUGAGAAAAAGGAUUGUGUUCCGGAAAAUCAGCGACGUCAAGCGGGAAGAAGAGGAGAGGAUGAAGAGGAAGAACGAAGCGCCCCUGAUCUUGCCCCCGGACCACCCGGUGCGGCGGCUGUUCCAGCGGUUCAGGCAGCAGAAGGAAGCGCGGCUCGCGGCAGAGAGGGGCCGCGAUCCGGACGAGCUGGAUGUGGAGAAGGGCAAUGCCAUCGGGGAGCAGUCCUCCGCUCGCACCGUGGUCAAGGCCAGCGUGGUGACGGUCCGGGAGAGCCCAGCGACGCCCGUGUCCUACCAGCCCGCCUCCACCUCCGCGGCCUCCGACCAGGCCAAGCUGCAGGCCCCGCCGGCGGAGCACGCGGCCUGCAAGGCCUCGGGGGAGUACCCCCGGCGCAAAGGCUGGGCCAAGUUCAAGGAGGCCUGUGGGAAGGGCGAAGACUGGAACAAGGUCUCUAAAGCAGAGUCCAUGGAGACUUUACCUGAGAGAACUAAAGCUUCAGGAGAAGCUACCCUGAAGAAGACAGACUCUUGUGACAGCGGCAUUACAAAAAGUGACUUGCGCUUGGAUAACGCUGGGGAGACGAGAAGCCCGCAGGACCACAGCCCGGUCCUCACCGAGGUCAAGCAUUCCUUUUAUCCCAUCCCAGAACAGACUCUUCAGGCCACCAUGCUAGAAGUGAAGCAUGAGUUGAAAGAGGACAUCAAGGCUUUAAACACAAAAAUGACCAAUAUAGAAAACCAGCUUGCUGAGAUACUUAGGAUAUUGACCUCAAGAAGAAGCUCCCAGUCACCCCAGGAGUUGUUUGAAAUAUCGAGGCCCCAGUCUCCAGAAUCAGAAAAAGACGUGUUUGGAGCUAGCUGAGGUGUUUCUUUUUAAAAACAAACAAACCAACAAACAAAGAAACAGCCCCCUAACACUUUACAUUUAAUCUUUCUUGAAAACAAAUGAGGGAUCUGUUCACUAAGCAUGUUCCCUCUGUCUAAAAAGGCCCCUUCUCUCCCUCGGGAUGUUCGAAUAAGAAUUCUGACAGCAGCAGCCAUCCCCGUGAGCCCCAGGUGAUCUCUGAGGUUUUUGGAGCAUGCCUUAUGUCCUUAGCUCGGGUUAUGCCUAUAUGAAUAAGCACUUGCCAGGGUGCUUAUCUUUUCAGUGUUUGGUGGGUUGUUUGUUUUUUCGUUUUGUUGCUGCUGUCACUGUCUCAGUCACCUCUACAACAUGUUGGAUGUCACAGUAUAUUUUCAUAAAGCUGUAAUAAUGCAAAGAGCAGUAGGAGACAUGUAUUUUAUUGUGUGCUUAAGUUUCUUUUGGGUAGUCAAGGAAGGGCUAAUAAGAUGAAAAAAAAAUUGUGGUUUUUAAUUUCAAACUGACAUACUGCUAAAACAAUUACAUUUGGCAACAUCUUCAAAAAUAGCCACAGUAUUUCAGAUCUAUUAAUAAAUGGGACCUUCCUCAAUCAUUCACUGAAUCAAAGAUAUGUUUUUUUCAAACCUUUUUAUGUUUUUUCAAAAAACUUCUCUUCUGUCUCAGAUGUCUUUCAACAUUUGAUACUUCUGCUUUCAACUCCAGCUGCUGGAGGGUUGGGUGUGAAGUGUCUCAGCACAACAUAUUUGAAACAUCACUAACAGGUCCUGCAGAUUUGCCUCCCAAUGAAAAUAUACUGUGGCAUUUAUGUCCUGUUCUGCUACGAAUCUGCUCUUUUAAUUCUUGUUAUAUUAUUAUUCAGAAGUUUCUGUUUUGAUAAUAUUCAUUGAAGCCAAAGGCUUUCACAGAAUUUUUAACAGUGCCAGACAGUGGCAUUUUCCUCUACAUCCAGGUGUAUUGUUCCUGAUCUAAUCUAGCUUGGAAGCAAAUGGAUAGUAGAGACAGAAAUUCAGUGCUUACUGUAUGCAAGUGCUAUUGUAGCAAGGAAACAAAGAGAUCUGCUUCUUAAAGAAGGAGAUGUUUCCAAAACUUAUAUUUUCAUAACUUUUUUCAGAGGAAGAUUGAAGCACUUUACCAAAACUAUUCUUCAUUAUUCAUAUAGGGUAACAUAGAUGGUAUCACGACUUGUGUUCUCACCUUGGGAUACAGGUGUAUAUUCACAGUACAUUCACUCCACUGAGCUGGUAUGUUCACUGGUUAACAGUAGCUUAGAUCUCAGAAGCAUGGUGCCAUACCACACUUUAAGGGGUUUUCAUCUUUCAUGUCAACUGGUCUUAACACUGUGUGUGUUAAAUCUCAUUCUUUUUCCUUGGUACUAAGUCAUUUACAAAGAAACACGGGAUUUUUUGGUUGGAAGAUUUUUGUUCAUGUUAAGUACAGAAGAGCAAGGAACACAAUCAAUUUUAGUGAUUUCUGCUGGCCUGAUGCUUGCACAGGGCAGUGCAGAACAGUGCCAGACAUCCCUGGGGAGCUGGGACGUCCACAGAUGACUGGCACAGUGGUGAGGCUGUGCCUUGCAAAGCUCCCAGCUCAGGUCCUGCUGUCAGGAGUGGUUGUUUCUACCUGUUCCUGCAGUAACUGCCCUUGCUCUCAAAGAUAACAAUUAUUCCAGGCCAGCACCACCAUUUCUUAGUCCAGAGGCAGGUGGUUUAGGAUUGGCUUUUAUUGCCUUUCUCCUUGGUUUGGUAUGGAGGUACCCACAGACUGUGAAUUCAUACCCAAGGAUUUAAAUACUCCUGAAAAACAACUCCCAGGUUCAUAUCUGUAGGUUACCUUCUUCCCUCCCACAAGGAAAUGCAAGCAGGGAGAUGAGUUGCUCUGAAACCAAGAAGGUACUUCCUUAACUUAUUUCCAGUUCCAUGUUUAGGUUUUUCCAGUGGUACCUGGUGUCGUUUCCAGUUGCUCACUGCAGACCUGCAGUGCUGAGGAAGGCACUCUCUGACCAAAGCCACGCUUUGUGUUUGGUGCUUUAGUCACUCUAAGUGGCAGCAGGUACCUGCAACAGCAGUGGCAUGGCUGCCACAGAAACCCAUCCAUCCACAGUUUCUGUGAGAAACCCAUCCAUCCAGAGUUUCUGUGAAGAACUUUGUCAUGAUUUUUUUUCUUUCUGGUCUUCUUAGACAGUAAUUACUACCUAAGUAAACCCCAGGUGUACUGAUACACAAGGAUUUGUAACUGAUUUUCAGCAAGUUUUUAGAGACUGCCUUGGAGUCAGUUUCCUGAUCCAGGCAAAUUCCUCACCAGCAUGACAUUCACAACACUUCUCUUCAUAAAGGUUUUGAAAGGCUAAAGGUCUUAGCAAGUCCUUUGUGAAAGUGUCACCCAUUUACCUGCAGCUGGAUAAACAUGGACCUGAGCUUAUCCCAGGUGGAUAAGGGAGGAAAUGUUUACAGCCUCCCAAGAAUGUGCCUAGUAUCUCCAGAACUGCAGUGCAAACCUAAAAGUAAAUGUGCAGUUGCAGGUUACCAGCCCUUUGUUGCUGAUACUGAAUUGAAUUGUUUCUCAGUGAUAUUUUUGUGUGCCCUCAGGGAUAUGUCAAAGGUUAUUCUGCUGUUGUUGAUUGCCCAGCCUGGAAUCCCACCAGGACCAGCCCCAGAAGCCCCCUAAUUGUAAUAAUUGCCCAAGCUGUGAACACAGGCAGACAAGUCCCCAUUUUCUGGGGAUGCUCCUUGCGUAGCCUGAUGCUCAGAAUGAUACCAAACUCCUCCCCACCCUGUAUAACAGUGAUUGGGUGAACCCAGUCCUUUUCUAAGGCUUUUUUCAGGCUCUUACAAUGGCCUAUAAAGACAUUUAUUAUUUGUAAAGCCCUCAAAGAUUGUAACACACAUCUGAAUUCUACUUAAAACUUACUGUCUUUGAAGAUUAUGGCCUAAUUUAACUUUGCUAUGGUCAGGAAAUGGCAGAGAAACUCUGCUUGCUCCUUACAAUGACAUUUCAGGGUGUCUGCUCCAGGUGAGCCCUGACAGGAGUCAGUGCCAGUCAGACCUGCACAGCUGUAACUGAGAUUAGGCCCAUUAUUAUGAACUGUCAGGCACUAACACUGGUUGUAGAAGAGUACAUCAUCCCUCAGCAACCUGUAUUUGUUGUAAGAGAAUUUGAAAAAAAUUACCAUCUAGGAUGAGUUUUGGAGUUUGGAUUCCCUGGACUAUUGAGUGGUUAAAAAAUUAACAAAUCCAUGCCCACUCCUUUGAACCCCAAGCUAAUCUGAACCUGUGCUAUGGUGCUCAGGCUCUGCUGAUGCAGCACUUUUCCUUUAAAGAGUGGCAAAAAGCCCCUGUGUUACAAGUCUGUCUUUCUCCACUGAGCCUUACACUCAGACAGAUGCCUAUGGCUGGAUGGCAUGUGGACCCAUCAGAAUUGUUAUUAGUUCUUUGAUUUUAUUUGUCAGCUUUUCCUAUUUCUCUUGUUCUCUCUACAUGUUGGCUAAGCCUUUUCACUUAAUUAUUUUCCAGCUUAGAACUGAAGGAUCUCUGAAAAUAAGACUCUGCCCCUUCACAAGGAAAUGCUUGUAGAUGGUAUAACAAAAAAACCCAAACAAAAACCAAAGCCUCAGUCUUGACUGUGUUCUGGCAUAGUGCUUCUGCCAUUUAACAACCUGCUAAACGACCUGCAUCAUUCUAAAGGAGAUGAUGUGUUCCAUUCUGACUAUAUGGUGUAAUUAAAUUCCAGCGAAAAGAAGGUAGUUGAGGGAAGGAGCCUGUAUUAUGAUUUGGUCAAAUGGGAACUUCUGAAAGUUCAUGCUUAAAUGGUUACAAAGAAUACAAAUAUGCAGCAUAUGAAAAAGGAUUAAAAAAGCAAACCCCAGCCCUCACCCUUACCUUGUUCAGAUACAUUUACUUCUGUCUGGUAUUACAAGUAUACUUGUGAAAACACCAUUCUUCCUUUAAAUCUCUUCCACAGUUCUGCCCUGAGCCCCAGCGAACACCCUGUUAAACAGCUCCGGAGGCGAUGCUCUGUUUCUGCAGCACUUCCCUUAAUGAACUGAACAAGAUACUUACUGUGACUAUCUGGUGAUAUAUUUUCAAUCACUCUUAACCAAUCUGUGAAAAAAUUGACGACAUAAUUUGUCUUUGCUAUAUAAACAACGAGGUGUAUGAUUACGCUUGUGCAGAUGCGUGUACAUACACACAUAUAUAUAUGUAAGAUCUGUGUAUAGAUAAGUCUAUGGAUUGCAUUUCUGUUAAGUAAAAGCACAUUCCUCAUCGAUUCCAGUCCAAGAGGGGAGCUUAAAUCUUCCCAGCAGACAUCCACUGAGUGUCUUGUUAGUGUCUUGUUUGUUAACUGUUGAACUUUUAAGGCCAUGAAUUUUGAUUUUUCUAGCUGGCCUCAACUUCAUACUGUGAGUCUGGUAAAUAGUGUGACUAAGAGAAGAUCUGGUGAGGGUCAUGAUAGUCAGGAAAGAGAAAUCCCUGUGAAACUGCAAAAAAUGCUGUGUCCUAGUUGGUGGGGAUAAGGCUUAGAAGCUGGUGUUGCUCACAGUAUCUCUGAAGCCAAGCUGCCCUGGUAGUGUUCAUCAUGGCUUUUCCUGCAAGAGAGAUGGUGGAAUAGAUGGAUUUAUUUUUUUCUGGUACCAGGGGCUGUCUCAAAGGUGCUGAGCCUAUCCUUCUUCUCAUGGGCAGCAUAACACAUGGUUGCUGCAGCUCUGCUUUCUUGUCCUGGUGUUACGUGGCAAAAAGCAUCUUCUACUGAAUUUUUCAUUUCCACAUAGUCUCCUGUGGGUGUAUUGGCAAUAACAAAGUCUGUGUUUUUUCUGCACUUGUGAUACAUCAAGACAAACCUUUCAGAGAGAGUCCCAUGCAGGGGGAGCUCCAGAAAUUUGAGGUGAGGCACAGUAGGAUACUGUAUCCUCCAAUCUGACAUCAUUUUGACCACAUUGUUGUGGGAAGCAUUGAUUCAAUUAAAUAAAAAUAAAGCUUUUUUUGCAAUAAGAUAUAUCCAGCAUUUAGCCUUAAGACCCUUUCAUAAGUGAUAUAAUUCAAACUGUGAUUCCAUUCUUCUUCCUUCUUAAUGUUCUGUAGUAUUUACAGUGUUGCCUAAAGAUGAAGCACUUUGAUUAGCUUUCUAAGUCUAAUGGAAAUCACUUGCUGGUAAUCACAUUUCUUUCUCCACUUAUUGCCUUCUUAUUAGGAUAAUUAAUUACUCCAAUUGCCCUCUCCCCUCAUAAAACAAAGAGACAUAGAUAUUGUCUAAACACUUUUGUAUAUCAGGGAGCCAACCCGUCAUAUUGCAAAAGUGUUUCAGAGGCUUUUACAGAUCAACAAAGCUAAUGUGAAUUUACCUGCAACUGUAAUUUGUUUCAAGCUGAUUGUUGAGUGUUGUGUAAACAUAUUUGAUGUGUAAUCCCAGAACAUCUCUGUAACUGGAUCCAAAUGCCUAAUGUUAACAAAACAGUUCGGGGUUUUCACUAACUGUUCUGAAAGGCUCACGGGUUUCUUUCUUCUUCCCACAAAAUCUGUGACCACUAACAUAGAAAAAGAAUAAUUUUAGCUGUAGAUGAAAGAAGUUCAAUAAUCUUGUAUCAGGAUGAACUGCUAUAUAAAGAAAUACCAAGUUUUCCAAUGAAUGUGUUAUAUUACUGUACCUACAUACAAUCAAUAUUUGUACAUCUGUUGGAGACCUGUCUGCGUUUCAAUAUUUAGCCACCACUGCAUGGACACUUGAUUGAUAUGCAGUUAAUGCAGUUGCUUUGGCGCUUUUCAAUGUACUUCACUUGUUUUUAUCCUUUCAGAAAUCCACCAAAUACUCUCAGUUCUUUUUCUUUGCAUUUGUCACUUUGUUCAAUGAAGCAUGACUAGAAACAGAGAAUGAGUAGAUACUAUUUUUGUGGUCAGCAAAGCAGCUGCCAGUAGAUAGACAUUGUGUGUAUGUAUGUAUACACACUGUCUGGGAAUGUUUCAGAUUCAAAUGCAGCCACCUCCAUUAAUGAUAUCCCUAGUCAACAUUUUUAAACAAGCACAAAUAAUAUUUGUAAAAAAAGAAGUUUAAUUUUAUUUAUUAUAGUAAUAAACUAUUUUAUACAUUA